AUGAGAAAGAUCUCUUCACCACAUGAGGACUUCAUCUCCACCAGCAAACUGAUCCGAUCAGAACCUCCUGCUGUCUACCAGCUGAGAACAAAGAAAGAGAAGUUUGGAUCUCUGACCAGAAUGACUGUUGGAGAAAAAGAUGAGAAGAAAGCCAAUAAAACCAUCUUACUAGUUGGAGAAACAGGAGCAGGAAAAUCUACUCUGAUCAACGCUCUGGUCAACUACAGCAUGGGGGUGGAGUGGGAGGAUGGAGUCUGGUUUCACAUCGUAGAGGAGGAAGAAAGUCAGACAUCAGAUGUGAUGGUGUACCAGAUGUUUGGGUUUGAAGGUAAAACUCUGCCCUACUCUCUGACCAUCAUCGAUACUCCUGGAUUUGGAGACACCAGAGGAAUCGAACACGAUGUCCUCAUCAGUCAGAGAUUAUUAGACAUGUUUGGGUCAGAGGAUGGAGUUCAUGAAGUUCAUGCUGUGGGUCUGGUGAUGAAGGGAAGUGAUCGUCGACUGAGUGAUCGACUGAUGUACGUCUUCAACUCAGUGACGUCUCUGUUUGGAAAAAACAUGGAGAAAAACAUCGUAGCUCUCAUCACACACUCAGAUGGAAGAAAACCUGAAAAUGUUCUUCAGGCUCUUGAAGCUGCAAACAUUAAAUAUUCCAGAGAUGAGAAGAACCAGCCUGUUUACUACCUGUUUAAUAAUAAACAGCAGAAGCAACGAGAUAAAAAAUACAAAGGCGAGGCUUCUAAACAUUCAUGGUCUUUUACCAAAGAGGAAAUUGGUCAUUUUACAAACUUCUUGACAGGAUCUCAGUCUCAGACCCUCCAAACAGCCUGCAUCCAGAACCUGCAGGACAGAAUCAGCCUGACUGAACUGAAACAGACAGAAAUCAGACAAAUUCAAGAAGCUAUGAAGAAGAAGAACCAGAACUUCAUUAUAGAAGUUGAUGAGGUCUACAAAGAGAAAGAAGACAUUGAUGGUGGGUGGUGGUUGUUUUCUAAACAGGGAGCAGUCACCUGUAAAGUGUGUGAGGAGAACUGUCACCAUCCUGGAUGUACGAAGGCCUGGAAACCAGAACUCUGUGAGAUCAUGAAAGAUGGACGCUGUACUGUUUGUACCAGGAAGUGUCCUGCAUCAGAUCAUGUGAAAGAAAACUGGAGAUAUGUGACCAAGACCAGGAGAGUUCAGAAGACUGUGGAAAGUAUAAAGAAGACGUAUGGAAAGAAUAAAUCAGAAGAUGGUAACAUGAAGAGUGUUCUGGAGAAUGUUGGAGAAGAAAUGAAGAAGCUGACAACAGAGAGGUCUCAGCUGCUGGAUGAAGCCUACCAACAUGUUGUUAAACUGGAGGAGAUCGCCCUCAAUGUUGUUUCUGUCUCCACUUACGUCCACUUGGACUUCCUGAUUGAGAAGAUGAAGGAGGAAGGAGACAAAGAGAAGGUCCAGAAACUGGAGGAGAUGAAGAGCAGAGAGGAUGAAGGAAGCAGAUCAGCUCUGAUCAGCUUUGUUAAAUUACAAGCACUGAAGUUAAAAUUUGCCAUAAAACUUCCAAAAUUUAAAAAGUGA